CAAAAAAUAUUUACUUAAUUUAUUAGAAACUGUGGUGUUCUUGAUACAAUUUACUUAUAUAAAAACAACUAUUUUACUUUAAUCAAAUUCUAAACAUGAUUUUACUGAGAAUAUUUUUGGGAAUGUACUUUAUAUUUCGUAAUGUAAGCGAAUCUAAAUAUGUAGAAGGAACUUUAAAAACAAAUGAAAAUUGGGCCUUUUUGGCAAGAUUUUGUUUUUUAUCCCAAGAGGGUGAAUUUGAAUAUGUAAUUGACUAUAAUGAAGAUCAAGGAGACUUGAAUUUACUUCUUUACUACGAUACAGAAGAUCAAUGGCCAUCUGUGUAUAAAUCAAAUAAGACUUGCGAAGAAAAGGAAGCAGUACUGAAUAUUCAACAAAAUCAGAUUGUCAAUUUAACUGCUAGAAUUCCGGAAGCUAAAGAAUUUGCAGGAUGUGAGUUUACACCGAUAGUGAUAACAACUCCUACACCGUUGUAUACUAUAAACAUUCCCAAAACCAAUAAGUGGGCUUCUAAAAACAAAGGAACCGUUAAAGUUAAAAAGGUUAAAGUUACACCUACGACCAUAAAAAUAACAACUACUGAAGAAUUGCAAACUACUACUUUUGGGACUGAUAUCUCAAGUUCGACACCUACAAGCUAUGAUUCUUCAGAAUCUACGACUACUUUGAGUAUCGCUGUAAAUACUACAACGCAGUUAAAUUUAGAUUAUCCCACGACAACAAUGGAAGAUAUUAUUUUAAUUACUGAAAUGACCGUGGAUAGUACACAAUCGACAGUUCAUCCCAUUAAAAAAAGAUCAGUACCUGCCAAACAGCCUGUUACAAAUAUAGUCCGGAGAAGUAGAACAGUUAGCUGUCAUAAUGCGAGGCGAUUUAAGAGUUCUAGGGAACGAUGGUGGUUUAUAGCAAUCAGUAAUUGUUAUGGAACAAAGGGUAUCAAUAUUAACUACCAGCUUUUAAUGACAAAUGGACCAUCUGGAGAUUACUGGCACGAACAUUUCUCAGCAGAUGAAUUUUAUAUUCUACCAAUUCUGAUGGCAUUUUCUGUUGCAUAUUCUUUCCUACUACUAGGCAUAACUGUAUGUUCAUUGGAACUAAAACAGAGACAAUUACUCCACACCACUUACAAAAUUUUUGUUCUGUCUUGUGUCCUUCAAUUGCUUGGAAUAUUAGUGUUAAGUAUUGUAUUUCUAAAGGUGGCCGUAAGUGGAAGAAUAUCGUCCAGAACCAAAAGAGUUGGAAAUAUGAUGUUAGGAGCAUCCGAGACAUGUUUCUUACUGCUUCUGCUUCUUUUGGCAAAAGGUUUUACUAUUACAAGAGGGAGAUUAUCGCUUAAGGGCACAGUCAAAUUAACGGUAUUUAUGUGCCUUUACGUCACUACAUAUCUGACAAUCUUCGUCUAUGAAGCUGUGGUGUUUGAUCCAGGAGAAGUAUUAUACUUAUAUGAAUCACCAGCUGGUUAUGGCCUAAUAAUCUUAAGAAUUAUAGCUUGGCUUAUGUUUAUAUACUCAACCGUUAUUACUUUAAAAAAAUAUCCAGAAAAGUCCAACUUUUAUUAUCCUUUUAAUUUAUUUGGAACAAUAUGGUUUGUGGCUGGCCCGGCCUUCAUUAUAUCUGCAAACACCUAUAUAGACAAAUGGGUGCGAGAAUCCGUAGUUUGGGCAGUUUUACUCUUUAUCGCAUUUGGUGGACAUCUGAUGUUCUUGAUUUUAACGAUGCCCAGUGUUGCCAAUAAAAAUUUUCCAUAUCAUGUGAGAACGUCCCAAAUUGGUAUAAUGGAAACCAAUGGCAACGUUGGAAAUAGCACUAUCGAACAGUUUGGACAUCAUGUUUAUGAACCAAGUUUAAAUAUAAGGGAACAAACAGUGAUCAUCCCACUGACUAGACGUACUGAAGAAAUAUGCGAAGGUUUAUAUAAUCAGAAACGACUGUCAACUCCUAAAAUAACAGAAAUGACAGAUGAAAGCAGUAAUGAGCAGGCGAGAGAUAUGACAAUUGAAAAUGUUAUAAAAUGGUCUCUGGCGAAAAACAUACCGGCAUUAGAUUUUCCAAGCUUCCAGCAAAUCAAAAAUAAGCGAGAUAGUAUCGGGUCGGCAAGUUCAAAACUAACUGACAGUACUUUCAAUAACGACAGAUCCACACGUCGACCAUCCCUGAUCAAUCACUUAUCUAACGAGAACCAAAAUAGUCCUGGCAACUUCGAAGAUUACGUCAACGAUGUGCCAAUAGAGCUGUUUACAAUAUCCAAAAUUGUUACCAACACAAAUGGAAUACCGAAAUAACCUGAUUACACCUUAUUCAUCGAACAGACUCUCGAUUUCGCUAGUUCUUGUGCACCAGUGCUUCACCACACUUCUGCUUUCGAUCGACAGAAUGAGUGGUUUCCGGAGACAGUGUUGCCAGAACUACUGAUUAAUCUGUAGAUUUACGGAUUUUGGGUACAGUAAGGUGAUAAUACGGAUUUUCUAUCAUUAAACAAUUUAAUUUAAUAUUAUAUGAUUAAACAAAGAGGUGUUAGAGUUUGCUUGGAGAUGAAGAUCGAAAAAAUUAUGGAUACUCUUUUGAUAUUUGAAUAAUAAAUUAUAAAAAGCCUUUGCAGUAAAUAUACACCAAUGCAAAUAAUAUAUAAAUAUUCUAAAUAUGGAUAAUAUUUUAGAAUUACAAGUUUGU